CACCAGAUCCGGUCUGUCCAUUAUGAAAGUUCCGGUCACGACUAGGCCGACAACGGCGACGCCGAUUCCGCAGACCCCACCACUUCCACCAGGCACAUUGCAGACAAAGUGACGGCGGCAACAACCGGAUGUCCGUUGCUGAGUUAAGGGAGCUGCGAGAGAGGACCCGUCGCUAGGGUAACCAGGGAUCACAGGCCGAUGACGCACGGAGGAGGUCGGUUUGACUUCGAUGAUGGGGGCACUUACUGUGGGGGUUGGGAGGAGGGCAAGGCGCACGGACACGGUGUCUGUACCGGACCGAAAGGCCAAGGCGAGUACUCGGGAGCCUGGCAAUAUGGGUUUGAGAUUUCCGGUGUGUACACGUGGCCCAGUGGAAACGCGUACAAGGGCCAGUGGUUCCAGGGAAAGCGUCAUGGGCUAGGAGUUGAGACUAAAGGGCGUUGGAUAUACAAAGGGGAAUGGACGCAGGGUUUUAAGGGUCGCUAUGGUGUGCGUCAGAGUACCACUUCCGGUGCACGUUAUGAAGGCACGUGGACGACAGGACUUCAGGACGGGUAUGGUUGUGAGACCUACGCUGAUGGAGGGUCAUACCAGGGUCAAUGGCUGAAAGGGAUGCGUCAUGGCUAUGGCGUUCGCAAAAGCGUCCCCUACGGUCUGGCGGCUCAUUACCGCCCGAAGGCGCUACGAGCGUCCCUGACGUCACUGCGUUCGGAGAACGAGGACGAACAGGUCGUCAAAAACCGGGACAAGAAGCUAGACGAGUCCCGCGGCGGCUUCGUUCUCAAGGCUCGCAGCGACGAGACGCCACCAGUAAGGCGAAGAUCUAUUUUCGACAAACAAGGGCGUUCCAGCUUGCGGAAGACGCUGAUGUCCGGGCUGAGGCUGAAAAAGCAGAAGUCCACGGGUGACAUCAACGACUCGCCGAAGCGCCAAACGGGCUCGGUCCGCAGCACCAUCAGUAGCCUGAGUCACGUGAGCGCAGAGUCGACCCAGAGCGGGAUGACGAACGCGUCCAUGUACACGGACAGCAACCUAAGCUUCGUCAGUCAGGAUGACAUCACAGACGUCAACGUCACGGAGACGUACAUGGGUGAAUGGAAGAAUGAUAAACGCUCAGGCUUUGGAAUAAGUGAACGUUCUGAUGGAUUAAAGUACGAAGGUGAAUGGUUUAACAACAUGAAAUACGGAUACGGUGUUACGACGUUUAAAGAGGGGACUAGGGAAGAGGGGAAAUACAAAAACAACGUGUUAAUAUCAUCAGGAAAGAAAACAAAGUUGUUUUUAAUUCGGACUUCCAAGUUACGUGAACGCGUGGAUAACGCGGUUCUGUCUGCGCAGCGGGGUGCACAGAUCGCUCUGCAGAAAGCGGAUAUAGCCAUCUCCAGGAUGGUGAACGCCCGAGCGAAGGCGGAGCAGGCAGACCAGUCGGCCCUGAAGGCGGAACAGGACUCGGACACCGCGCGAUGAAAAGCCAAGCAGUUCGCGCCCGAUUUCCACCAACCAGGUACGGAUAUAAUGCGGAAUAAGGUCGACCAGAACCAUAGCGGCCAGAGCCCGGAUGACGAAUACGACUUCACCCCCUACGGCAUGCAGCAGAACCACAACCCUCAACCGCGCUCAAAUUCCCUGAUGAUGAGGGACGGAGGACCGGGUGGCGGUCUCUCUCCUAAAAUAAGCGUGCAGACAGACUUUAGUUAUCCUAAUGUAAAUAAUCCCUUAUUACAAACACCAAAUUCUUUAAACCCUUCACAAGAAGCUGUGAUUGCUAAUCAUUCGCCUCAUAGUCGCAGCCCUUCCUUGAAAAUAAGACGUUAUAGUUUCCUGGCUGGCUCGCGUAGAGGCCGGGGUUUUAGUGAGUUGUUCAAUUCCACAAUACUCAAUGACCACUUCGAUCAAUACUCCGCUCAACGUGACGAUAGUGGCUUCGGAAAGGAUUUCCUUCGCACCGGAAGACCGCGUCGCCGCCAUGCAGCGCAUCCCAGCGACACGUCACCGGAUUCCGGAGUGUCGGAGGGCGUCGACGAAGGGUCGCGGUCAUUCCAGCGACGCCGCACCUUGCCAUACAUAGUUAAAGUUGACGAGACGGACGCGGCAGCGAAGGCAGUGGUGAAAGAGCAAGCGCACAGUAGUGAAAACCUGGCGAGAAAGAAUCCGGAGACGUUCAUCAUUGAAAACGGAAUACGUAAAAGGGUAAAAGGUGUGACGCGAGACGCACAAAAGCCAGCGAAGAUGUCGUCCUCUAAAGGCGACCUGCCCGCACAGUUCGAAAUAGAAAGCCAAACCACGCUGGCAAGGUCCGGCAAGCGCGGUAGUCUUCCAGACAUCACCUCCAUUCAGAAAGUCGACAAGGCGGCCAUGUCAAGGGAAGAGGCCUAUAAGCUGAGCACGGCCCGCAGGGAGGAGCUCCGUCGGCUGCAGGAUCUGGCGGAUAGGCGCCGACAGGGUGACGUCACUGUUAUACUAGGCGAUUUGAGGGAUUUUGUUCAACAGCGACAGCUGCUAGUGUUGGUUAUAGCACUGAAUUUGAGUUUAGCCACAAUGUUUUUCAACCUGCUUUCCUGAGCGGAUAUAACGUCAUCCAGUUGUCAUUCCUUACCACAAUUCCCUGGUUUUGAAGCUACGCCCUUCACGUGAUUGAAGCACGUGAAUUGACUGCCGAGAUUCGCUGGAGCCGUUUUCCGGGAGAAAAGAACGUUUUUGUGAUAAUCGCAAAUGUGUGAACGUAUUAUUAAUUGUCCUAUUACAACCAUUUAUCAAACAAAUUGGAGGAUAUUGAUUGACAACAUCAUUACCGGUUGAUUUGUGUAUGGAUAUGUGCAAAAAAAUAUCAACUAGAGAUGAGUUUGAUAUAGAAAAUUAUGGUACCAAAUAAUAACGUGUACGUAAGAAGUUUUUUUAUCGAUAUACAGUUGGUUUGUUGCUGAUAUGAAGAUUUCAACGAUGGAAUAUAACGUGGUUCUACGGAUACGCACGGUUCACAACAUAGUCCCUGUAUUCAAUAGAAGAAAUUACGAGUUUUCCGCAAUUUUACUUAUGAAACCGCUAUGUAAUUUACAACCAAACCAAUUAUGAUCAAAAGACUAGAUGGAAUAAAGAAACAAAACGAAAGAACAUUUUCGAAAUUGUUUAAAAGAAUAUUCCUAUGCCAGUCUGAUACUGCGUGAAUCAUGGUAUGGUUAGAAUAUACAAUCAAGCUUCAAUGUGCUUGUUAUUUAACCAUGAAUAUGGUUGCGGCAUGGGGAUGAUUGUAGUUGUUGAAUUUGAUAUGACGUCACUUGUGAGCGUUCGUUUUAUGAAGUCAUUAUCAAACUGGGCCGUACUGUUGUCUUUUUAGUCUGCAUUAUUUGCAUCAUCUCUGUCGUCACCAUCAUCUCAAUCAUUCGUGUCAUUGCCCGGGACAACAACAGUGUCAUCGUUUUUGUUUGUUUGUCUGUUUUUGAUCCUUGUCACAAUGGUUCAUCUUUUGUGAACACAUGUAAGCACAAAUGUUUUUAUAAAUUUCAUCCGAGGGAGUUUCGUUUUGUUAUAUAAGCCAUAUUCGGAAAGGUUACUGUAAACAUCCGCUGAAGAAUUCAAGACGUGUUUAACAACUAAUUCUUCGUCCGUACCGAACCACUCCGUAUGUUUGUAUUAGAACUGGGCACUUAUUUAUACAGGAAAAGAUGUACUUUGAUUGCAUUGUCACCAACCUUAAGUGAGAGUAUUGAGCAUUAUUACGGAUUUAAAGGUAACAUAAGGCGCAUUUGGUUACUCGCAGAACAUUUACCGAUACACAACUAGGCAUACAGAGUUUAGAAAAAGGUAAAUAUUCAUAUACUGCAUCCAAGCUUUCAUUAAACAAAAUUGAUUUGCGAAUCUUACAGAAAUGUAUGCCUUUUAUAUGAACAAAUCUCACGUACUAUAUGAAAAUUAUAAAACAAAGCAAUUGAAGCUAGUAUAGAAAAAGAUAUCACCGAAAAUAAUUGGUAAUCGUGAAAGAAAACCAGCACACAAAAUGUACAGAAGGUAAAAUGUGUAUGAUACACAUCUAUUAUUUUUUAAACAAAUGUAUAAGUUUAUUCGCCCUGUUUGUCAGAUAAAACCCAAUCGGAACUGCUUUGUUGAUUUAUAUGGAAGUCGUAGACUUGUCGCUAGUUGCAUCGCUUGUAUAAGCGGCGAAUGUUUAACACAGGUAACAAGUGUACUAUCUAGCUUAGAAAUUACCAAGAGGUUCCGAUUAAUUGUUAAAUACCAGUAUACCCCUGUGAUAACUGUGUACGUCCGCGUGACUGUUGUGUUGAUGAGAUUUAUUUAUUGUUUAUUUUGAGAACUCAUAGUUACCCUUAUUAUUUAUUUUGUUGCCGUUUUUGGUGUUUUAUCUGUUAUUGCAUUACAUAUUAUAUUGUCCAUGAUAAUCCCAUGUUUAUAAUCGGAACUUGUAAAUAGAUUUGUGUAUGCACAAGUGUGUAGUUAGCAUUUAUGACUACCUUUUUUGCCUUAUUCAGUCGUUCAAAGGUACAGCUUUAGCAGUUUUGGUCGGAGCGUGUAACAUCAAUAACUGUGUGACUUUAAACUGGCUACAUCUGUAAAAUAUUAUAAUGUAUUUCAUUACAGUGACACCCCACGUGAUCAAAUAUCAAUGACCACUUACAUACUCUAUAUCACCACGGUAUAUUUGUUUCUACUGAAUACUUGGUACAAAAGAAUGUAUUAUACUGAUCGCGUUAAACGAGUAUUUUUUUUUCAAAAUCAAACAUGAUAACUCAAACUUACUUGUAUCAGUCUAUCUAUAACUUCAUACUUGCCUACUUCGGAUGUCAUUAACAGAGGUUACGUUUUGUACGUCACAUUCAUUAGCGACCGUCAGUUUUCAGUCGUAAUCAAAACUCAUGACAUCGUCAGAUAAAGACCAAACAUGCCAAAGCUGUACCAGAUUCAUUUUCUAAGGCCCCUUUUUAUGAUUACCAAAAUAUUGAAUAAAAUUAGAGAUUCUUCUCAA